AUGGUGAUAACAUCUCAACCAUCUACAUCUACAUCAUGUCCUCCUCCAACAGCUACUGUUAUUCCGGUGCCAAAACCUAGACGUAUUGUAUUCCAAGGUGCUACAAAGACACCAGUCCCAUGUCCUAGGAAGUCGCUACUCAAAGCAAAAAGUCUUGAAGGCGAGGAAGUUCGUCUUCGAAAAAGCCUGAUUCGUCGUGAUACGUAUCAACCAAUAUUCAUGGAAAGAGAAAAGCUUCAGAGGAUUCUGGAAGUUGCUGAACCAGAACUAAAAAGCCCUAAAACCCGUCCAUGUUCUUUUCCAAUUGGAUCUUCUCCUAAUUUCGAAAGUUCGAAACUGGAACUCAGUUCUUAUCAUAAUCAACAAGAGGAACCUUGUCCUCCCGACGACUUCACAAUGUCGGCGAGAGCCAUCGCUCGAAACCGUGGAACAACAACGAACUACAGUAGUCUUAGCAACGAACGACCGUUGUCCGCUUAUGAAGAAUCGGCAGAAGCGACACGACAGCGAAAGAAUAGAAGGGCGAGUGUGGCGGUGAUGCCCAUAAUGGAAUUGGACUAUAGGGAUUGCAUUGUGGCAGGAAGUGCUAAUAGAUCGUCGACGAUGACAAGGCGUAAAAGUGAUGAUAUAACUGGUAGAGAGUUCAGCCCGGACUUUGGAGCAAUUCGAGUACAAGUGGAAGACAUCACGUCGGUUCCUGGAGUAAUGAUGAAGGAGGAUGACGACGAGAAACAGCCGAACGGUUACGGCGAAACGUCGACAGAAACCAUCACAGAAGGUGCUCUCAACGAAAGCUUGAUGUCCAAUGGUAUCCGACGAGUCUCGGAUUGGGCGGUACCGAUCGAAUAUGCGAGCAGUCCAAUAGCACAGGAACUGUCCCAGAGCGAGGUAGAAGAGAGACCUCGGCCGCCGAUCCCGGCUAUGUACAUGAACACCUCCAUAUCGUCAACGGAUCGUGGUGAGGAGAGUGUCUACUCAGAUUUUGUGCUCAAACGCAACUCGUCGACGUCUUCUAUGAAUGGAAAAAGUGUGACGUUGUUGGAGCAGAUUAUACGGACACAUGCAGUAUGGUACCUCCCACAUAUGGGUCGUCCUGAAGUUCUCCACCUCCUUCGUCGAAUGGAACCCGGGAACUUCAUUGUUCGAGCAUCGACUCGUGAGAAUUGCAUGGCUCUCUCGGUCAGAUUGGCUCCUGGAGCACACGUGGAAAUCGAUCACUACAUCAUCGAGAAGCUCGUCGUCCCACUCAAAUCUGCUGCAGAUUCUGUUGUUCCUCAAGUAACAACAGCGAAAGCGGUUCGACUGGAAGGCAGCCCACUCACGUUUCGAUCACUUCCUCUUUUAAUUGAACACUAUUGUGUUAAUGAAGACGAGCUCGAACAUCGACUUCAACUUCCAUCAGCCAUCCGUGCAUGCACGACCACUAAGCAACUUCUGAGUAUCGCGGUUAUGGAGCAGGAAUUCUGGCAAAGUGAAAUGUCAUUGUCCAGGAAGAAGACACCAUCGACCUCCUCAUCUCGGAAUUCGAUUGCAUCGUCAUUCCGAAGCAGCAACCUCACCAAUAACAAUAAUACAAUGCCCAAGUGCAAUGUAACAUCUGACACAUCUACAUGGUUUAUGGACCGUCCUGAAGAAUCGAUCUACGACGAAGUGGAACCAAGAAUAAGUAGCAAGACUGGAGUUGGAGGAGGAUAUUAUGCGGAGAAUGCGAAGAAUAACAAUUCUCCUAGAAGAAGUAGCGCCAUUCUGCUGACACCUGAAAUGGCAUUGGGAACUGCCGCUGGUCAGCAGAAGACGUCAAAGAAGCGUCGAUCCUCUUCCCGUGCAUCGUCUUCUUCAAACUCUCGAUUCGCUACAGUUUGUGUUGGAGACUUUACUUCGCUGGAUGACUGGAAUGGUGGAAAAGUCUCAUCAAAAAAUGACACAGAUGAAACUGAUAGUGGAUUGAGCACCCAUUCUCCACCAAGCAAACAUGAUCGUCUGGAUGAUGUUACGUCGUCACCAAAGCUUGGUUUCCUACCAUCAUCAACAAGCAGCACACUCUCCAGACCAAGAUCCUUCCUUCGAUCACUUUUAUCGUUUGGCUCUUCCAAUAAGGAGCACAAGAGAAAAGAGAGCUUAGAUAUCGAUUCAACACCACGUCUUGCCAACUGUGAAUACUUUACUCCAUGGGACACAAACGGUUCGAAUAUGCAAGUUAGAACCUCUCGCUCUGCAUUCGACAUCACAACUCCACCGACGCGCGGUUUUUUCGGCUCCGCGACACCGAAAAAACGAAAUGGAGUGAUGCCGAGUUCCGUUUAUCAAAAGAACGCUUCCUCCUCAUCAUCCAACAUGUUCGACGACGACAAUUACACGCGUGGCUGGAAGGAAGCUGCCUAUGCAGAGAUGACGGCGUCGCCACACCACAACAACAAUCAUCUAACGGAUCCAUCGAUGCGAACGUUCAGACCGCCCAAUUAUGAUGAGGUUGCACUCGCCGGAUCACCAUCCAGUCGCUCCAGACCUUUGGCUAUGCGACGAGAAAGAAGCGAUCUUGGAGUUAUGAGCAAUGGAUUGAAUCUUGGAAUCAAGAAUAAUGCUCAACGAUUGGCUCAUCACAAUGAAAGCAGUCCAGGGCCAACAACCUCCGGAAUUGGUCGUGUCCCGAUGACGCCACCGGCGAACGCAGCAGAUCCUCAAGUACAGCAGAACUGUGUGGAAGAGUUGCGACGAAAACGACUCCAAUCUGCAAAUGAAAUGCUCUCUCCGAAUGAAAUCGCCAAACAUCCAUACGGAGAAGUUCACAGUGCUCAUGCAAGUCCCCAAAUCGCAAUGAGAAGACGUAACGGAUUCCCAUCUCCAUCUACCAGUCACAAUGGAUUCGGUCGUAAUGCUUUUGCGGCUAUCGAUAGAGGUCGUGGAGGAGACCACCGUCUAUCCGUACCCAACCUAAUUGCUGUAACCGAUCCAUUGGUACCUGGAAGUGUUGGACAGUCAGCGAAAGCAUUGAAAGAGCGAUUAGGAGGCAGAACGACGGAUGGAGAACUUAUGGUUAUCAAUGAAGGACUUGUUACUCCGGUUGUCAGAAGAAAAACGUUCGCACCAGCUAUGAAGACAACAACAACUUCAAUGGAUGAAUUGGGUGGACAGGUUAUGAAGAAGCGUGAAGCUCUGGAAGCAGCUCUCAGUGAAAAGAGACGCCAUCCAUCCGAUUCAAUGUCAAGUGGAUCGUCCGAUCACUCUUCGUUAGGCCGUAAAAAAACUCCUACACCACCAUCGCUUGUGCCACCGCCAACACCAUCGGAAAGUGAGCUGGUUUGGCGAAGAGCCAAACACUCCGCUCCACCACAAUCCAAGUCUUCGGGUCCGCCCCAGUGGUCGGCUGUGAAUCACGAGCUCAAGAAUCGACAGCAGAAGAUUGCCAAGGUUCUCCCAACGCCUCAACCACGUGGGCAUCACAAUCGAAACAUGUCAAUCGUUGGAGGUGUCGGACCAUCGAUGGCAGAUUGCAGACGUUCCAGUGAUUAUGCUCAGCUCUGUGAAUUCGCUGCCUCGUCUACAGAGAAGAAUGGAAUGAUGCAUUUGGAUGUGCAUUCAAAAAUCGAGGACGAUGCUGUCAGUGUAGCUGGUACCGUUUUCAACGAGCCAUGGGAUUCGAACGUAUGGGAAAAUCUGCUCGAUUUGGCUCAUCAUGGAGAUGAAUCCACAAUGGGAUUGAAAGUCAGUGAACCGAUUCAAGAAGAAGACUCUGAUUCGGAUAGAACUGCUGGUGGAGAUUCGACAUGUCAAAUGGAUUCAGAUGAAGAUGACGAUGACGUAGAAGACGAAGAGAUACGGUGGCAUUCGGAUAGAAUGAGAAGACCUCUGCCGAGUGAUCGAGUUACUGUAAAAGGAUGGGAGCAAGAUUCGGAUGCGGGAAGUUCCAAAUUCAACACGCUAGAUAGUAGAUCAAAGAAUGGUUCGAUUGCUGGAAGCACUCUCCGAAGGCAGCCAGAAGGAUCAAUGUCGAUUCGAAGUCUUCCACGUGCUCUAUCCAGAUUCUCUAAUACGAUUGGUAUGAAUGGAAUGAGUGCUGCUGCUUCGUGCGGAUCCAUUGAUGACCUUCCUACAACACUCCCAUCGAUGUCUCCAUUGCUCAGCGGCCGUGUGUCACGAGCAGCACUUCCACGUAGCUCGAGUACCGAUGAGAAAAUCGGAAGAGCUGUUCAGGAUUACGUAGAAGAGUUGGCACAAGUCAAAGAAGGAGACAAUGCAUGCUUCGGAUUGACUCUUCGACAAUUCGUUCAGUGUACAACAGAUACAAAAGAGACAGAUCCGGCAGUUGUGAUACGGAAUGUUCGGCAGUUUAUAAAUGGAAUGAAGAACUACUUGGUGAAGCAUGGUGAAGGAGAUUUGCAUCGGAUCAUCGACGAAGAGAGUUCAAGACUGAACAGUAAUCAGAUUCUGAAUAUUGACGCCGUUCUUGAAGCUGUUCUCCACAAGUUGUUACUUCGGGAAGUGAAACCUCUUCUCUACCAUGUUAUGAUUAAAGAGCACUCAAAAGCAGGAGCUCUCCAACUGAUAUCACAGAACCAAGCAUUGGUUCGUAAAAUGAAUCUCACAGAGCUUGGAUUCAAUAAUCCUGAAUCACUUGUGACACCUUCUGUUUCGAUUAUGGACCAAGUGAAAUUGCUCAUGAGAAAGAUGCAAAAUCAUUACUCGCCAAUGAAGAAACUGGAGAAUCUCAUGAAAGCAGUUGGGUUGGUUCUCGCGUGCCAACUCAAUGGAAAUGAAAACGAGAAUCCAACAGAUGCAAUGAACGGUGGGCAUCGAGGAUUACCACCAGGAGAUGAUCUUGUCCGUUGGUUUGUGUACAUCCUUGCCCGCUCAUCCACCGUUGGAUGUGAAGUCGAAGCAUGGUACAUGUGGGAGCUUCUUCCUCAACCAAUCGUCACCCAAAGUGAUGCCUCCUACUAUCUCACAUCUCUCUGGUCCGCUGUUCAUGUGCUCAAAAGCGCUGAAGCCAUUCGUCGUCUUUGCGAGAACGAUCAUCGAGUCCUGGUAUCACUGGACUCUUCUCGCCAUUGUUGCGCGUCUCCACUUCUUUCCACUGCUACCUUAACACGUGGAACAUCCGCUGGUCUCGUUCAGAUGAUCUCUGCUGCUACUUGUGAUGCGUUCGUCAAGAUCGCUGUCCCAGAUGAGGCCGUUGGAUGUGUUCGAUACGCCACAUUCUCAGGUGUUCCAAUGUUGACGACCUCGAAAUUGAGCCGACUUGUAGCUCAUCAGCAAGGAAUCACAAAUCCAGAAGAGCACGGAUUAUAUUUGAUUGCCGAAGGGUUCGAGUCAUGUCUGGCACCAACUGACUGCCCAAUCCUUGUUCACGAGCAACUCAAAAAAGAAAACAAGCCUCAUAUGUUCGCCUACAAGCGACACGAAGCUAAAAUUGCAUGGCCCAGAGCGGCUAUUUGUUAA